UCAGAUAAAUGGAUAUACAUAUGUAACUAAUAAUAGCCAAAAAAAAUUCACAAAAAAGUUAUGAUUUCAAGAAAAAUCAAGUUACUAGUGUUAAAAAAUUACUCUGUAUACUUAAAAAUAAAGAUAGGAAAAUGAGGAUCGCAGUCGAUGAAGGCAGAACUUUUUAUGUUUUCGAUGUUUAUAAAAGUGGAAUUAUCCUUUGGAGAUAUUUAGGAAUUUUUCAGUUGGAAAUAAUGCCGCAACACUGUUUACCAUUAGGUCUCUUCUUUUUCAUAUGUUGGUUUGUUUGUGAAAUAUGUCCAGUUGAUGAAGUUUCAUAUGCUUCUAAACAAAAUAAAGUAUUUUCGUUUUGGUUAAACAAUUGCUCAGAAGCAGAAUGGUUUGAUGACCAUCCAUUGCCUUUACCAACAUGGGGUAUCUCAAAACCAGUCUUUACAAUUUACUCCUUAGAAGAAUACGAAGAGCUAGUAAGAAAAUUGGAAAAUGAAUUACAGAUAUUGUUAAAAUCGAAAAAUAUUGAUUCAGUAACAAAUUUUAUUUGGUUUUACAAUCACUAUAAAAGUAAAAUGGAAGAUCAGUCAUUCGAUAAAUUUUUCAGAGAAUAUGAACCAAUGUUAAAUGAUAAUGCAAAUAAUUGUGUUGGACUAUCAUUAUUGUUAAUUGGAAAAUUAGCAAAACUUGAUGAAUUUUUUCCCGGAAUUCGUGAAUGUUUAUACUUAGUGUCAUGUGAUAGAAAUUGUAAAAAUAUUGAAAAAUACAUUAGUGAUAUUCCAAAUCCGUUAUUAACAAUUAUAAAACAUGUCUUGGUUUCUUUAAAAAUUGAAAUUUUCGGACGUAAAGGAGUUUUGCUAUUAGAUCCAGGUUAUUCAAUUGCUAGAGUUAUAACUGUUAUGAGUGAUAAUUUGAGUCCACAUACAGGUUAUUUUCCUGCAUCGACCAAUGCAAAAAAAAGUUAUAUUUUUGAAAUGGAUUCUAGUGAGAGAUAUAUUGAGUGGUUAACUUACUCCACAGAUAAAAUAGAAGACCAUGCCUUAAUUUAUAUAGAUGCUCCUUAUCUUUCACCUAUUAGUGUAACUGAACGUAGAAACUUGGUUGACAAUUAUAGAGCUUUGUACUCGAUGAAUGAAAAAGGUCAAUAUUUGGCUCUAUUUUAUGUUCAUGUCAAUAAUCCAGUUUUUCAUUUUAUUUAUCAAGAUUAUAAUCAUGGUAAUUUAGAAGAUUGGCAACAUAUUAAAGUCCCGUAUGAAGAUUUUGUUUCAAACAAAAGAAUAAGCAAUAAAUUUGAAGUAUUUUUGUGUCACUUUAGCGAACAAUUUAAGCUAACAAAGGAAGAAUUUCUAACAAUGUUAAUAACACUUGCUAACAUUUUGAAUGACGAACAGUUUUUAAACUAUAGAAAAAGUACCGAUGACAGAAUUUUCAGAAUUGCUAACUGGAAUUAAAUAAAAAAUUUAAACCAUCUAAUAAUCUAUCAUAAUGAAUUUUCUUAUAUUUUUCAUUAAUGUUUAUAAUAAUAAUAAGUUAUUGUUUUAA